AUGUCUUCUGGCUUGCAAAGACGUCGUGGGGCUGCUCCUGCCAAACAAUCGAAUAAUACUGAGUCGUAUGACGGAGAAACAGAAGAUAAUCUGGGCCACAAGAUUGGAUACGAUUCCAGAGAUAUCGAAGACCCCAAAGAUGUCAACUUGCCAUUGUUAACGCUUAUGGAAGAAGUAUUAUUGAUGGGGUUAAAGGACAAAGAAGGGUAUUUGUCCUUUUGGAACGAUAACAUUUCUUAUGCGUUAAGAGGAUGUAUAUUGUUGGAGUUGGCCUUUAGAAAUAAGAUUUCCUUAGUAAAUGAUCCUGCUAGACGUCGGUUUGAGUUAAGUGAUAGGUUAAUUGAAGUGAUUAAUACUGAACCCACUGGAGAAGUCUUGUUGGAUGAAACAUUAAGAAUCAUGAAGGGAGAUGAAUCCAAUUUAUCCGUCACCAAUUGGAUUGAUUUAUUAAGUGGAGAGACUUGGAACUUAUUGAAGAUCAAUUAUCAAUUGAAACAAGUUAGAGAAAGAUUAGCUAAGGGACUUGUUGAUAAAGGAAUAUUAAGAAAUGAACGGAAAAAUUUCUUUUUGUUUGACAUGGCAACUCACCCUGUUGGUGAUAAAUUAUCCAAAGAGGGUAUUAAGAAUAGAAUCUUGAGUCUUUUGAUUGAUAGAAAUGUUGAUUUGGAUCAAUUAUCCUCAGACAAGUUUCCCAAGAACACCAGUUUCAAAUAUUUAAGAACCAUUUCUUUGGUUUGUGGAUGUUAUGCUGCUAAUGUAUUGGAGAAUGUGGUAUUAUCAUUAAAUUAUGACAAAAGAGAUCAAGCAUUUGCAAGAGCAGAUGAAUUAAUGAAUUCUUAUAGUGAAUUCCCAUUCAACUUGACCCAACAAUCUUCGUUGAACGUUGGAUUUAAUUUGGGUCAAGAAGUUAGAGAUGAAAUGGAUCAAUCCAAGGCUUCAGAAUUACAAUUGGAAUUGGUGGCUGCUGUCUUGAGUGUGUUUUCAAGAAUGGACUCACUUUUGUAA